AUGUGGUUGUGGGCGCUACUUCCACUGAGCCUGGCCGUGUUUGGCACAGCUGGUAUUUGGAUAGUAUAUGCAAUAUCUGUGUCUAAUGGUACGGUCAACAUCACAGAGAGAUUCCCAUACAUCAGCGAGUGUGGCAGUUAUCCACCUCAGAGCACUUUCUUUUCUCAGUACUGCAACAUCUGCGCUUUCCUAGGGCUGUGGAUUGUGGCGCUCCGGUUCCAGCAGGUCCGGGAUUAUGCGGACCAUGGGAAAGCCAACACUCUGAGUGCGGUUUUAGGAUUCCUCUCAUGUGUCGGUGUCUCGGUUCUUGGCAAUUUUCAGCAGUCCGUUCAGAGAGUGGUGCACCUGGUGGGGGCUUUCACGGCCUUCUUCCUGGGAGUGGGCUACUUCUGGGUGCAGCUGUUUCUGAUGUACCAGGCCAAGCCUUCACACGACCGGCACUGGGUGGGUCCCUGCAGGGCCUUGUGCUGCGCCCUCCGCACCAUACUGGUCAUCACGAUGGUGGUGCUGGCGCGCACUGGGCACCGCUCUGCUGCAGCCCUGUGUGAGUGGGCCUUGGUGAUGCUCUUCUUCUGUCUCUUUGGUUUGUUUGGAGCAGAGUUCAGGCACAUGGACUGUCACCAGCUCAAAGUGCAGAGACACGUCCUCCAGAGCCACUGCAGUCCGGUGUCUGUGGUCUCCAACCACCACCUCACACCUGUGCACGUCCGCUGA